UUUAACGUCAAAUUGAACAUUCUCAGAUGUAACCAAGGAUGUUAAAAUACAGGCUAUCGGAACUCAGGAGUCCAGCUAAGGGGAAUUCCAUAUUCAACAAGGAAGGCCUGAGUCAAAGAAUUCCCCAGGUCUGACACUUCUACAAGAAAUCUUGCCUCUGCUUUGAGGACAACAUGCUGCAAGUCCACGCAACCUUUGGACUACCUCCCCUUGACUAAGAUGGCUGAACUUCUGACCAGCAAAUGUGAAGUCCCCCCAAAGAAGAGGAAAUAUGACUUUCAAGGGGUCUCAGACUCAUCUGGGCAGUUCAUUGGGAGUUUUCUCACUUCCACUCAGCUGUCUCUCCAGAUACCUCAGAACAUCAACACUGACCUGCCUGUCUGGGCCUCAGUUCGCACUUGCCAGGUGGAAAUACAGUGGAACAUCACACCAUACAAAAUUGACAUUUGCAUUGUUCCUUUGAACUCCAGCACAGUGGCUCUCCUCCAAUCUCAGGGACAAAUCAAAGACGAGCAAGAAUGCAACCAUUCACACACAGGAGACGAUCUUGACACAGAUCUAGCUUCAGGCCUUUACCAGCCUGUUCACAAUGCUGAGUGGAUUCAACAGGCUUCCUUUCACACCAAGCCUUAUGACAACAUCAAGAUAUGUGACAAGUUUCUUCUUGGAACCUGUAGGCUUGGCUUUCACUGCAACCAGCACCACACACCCUAUCCCUACCACUGGCAGCUGCGUCGAGAAGACACAUAUCAGUGGGUGAGCGUGUCCCAUUCUGCACAGAUCAAGCUUGAGAAGCUCUACUGCAUCAAGGACAAAGAUCAGGCAACACUGGUACAAAUGAGCGACACAUUCACCCUGGAUUUUGAGAAGAUGAUGAUAGAAAAUUCAGAAGUUUAUGGUAAAGUGAGAAGACUCUCGAACACAACCAAUCCAGAAUGGAACACCCAUUUCCCCACAAACUGGCAGAUUUACUGGUGGAAUGAUUUUAAGUGGGAAAAGUACACAAAGUGUGUUUUAAAGAUUUUGCUGGCCAAAAUGGAGGCUGGAGAAAACAAAUGCACAGUCACAAUCAGGAAACAGAAGUAUGAGGUGGACUUCAAUAGCUUAAUGCAGACAAACCUCAAAACGGGAUUUGUGCGGAAAAUACGACGACGACCCACCUUCCGUUCUCCUCAUUCCCUGAAGCCUCACUUGAAGACUGUUAUCUUAAAUGAAUUGCAAAUUCAAAGUGAUAUGGUUCCCCAGAAGUACGACUUUGAUCCACUGUCAGAAUUUAGAAGUUGGUAUCCCCCUGUGUGGACAAUGCCACUGGCCCAGGACGAGUUCAAGAAAGUGGAUGUGCCCCCCUGGGAACAAGCAUUUUAUACCAUUUAUGAGCUUUUCUACACCACUAUGUCUGAGAUGGAGGUGGAGAUUGUGAGCAUCCAGCAAAUCCAGAAUAUCUUCCAGUGGGACAAAUACAGAAGACAAAAGGAGUUUAUGUCUGCAAAGCACUCCCAUGGUAUAACAAUUGAGCGCCAUUUAUUCCAUGGGACCACAGAAGAAUCAGUGGACAUCAUUUGCAAGAUGAACUUUGACCCCCGUGUGGCAGGGAAGAAUGGCAUUGCUUAUGGCAGAGGGAGCUACUUUGCAAAGGAUGCCAGCUACUCUGACAAGUAUGCACCAGCCACUUCAGAGGGAUUCCAAUACAUGUUCCUGGCCAAAGUCCUUGUGGGGAAAACCAUCAUUGGAAACCAAAGCUACUACCGGCCUCCACCUCUUUGUCCCUCAGCAGCAGGAAGUGACAUAUACGACACCUGUGUGAAUCGUGAGAAAGACCCUUCAAUUUUUGUUGCCUUUGAUAGCUGUCAGUGUUACCCUUAUUACCUUAUCAAGUACCGAAUUCUCUCGGAUGUUGUGAACGCAUUUGAAUAACGGAAUACUGUAAAGAGACCUGUGGAGGGUUUGUGGAAAUUUGCCGAUUUGUUUUUUUUUUUCAUUCAGCUCUUGGGUACUAAAUGUGUUUACUUAUUGUGCCUGUCACAUAAAAUAUCUUAAAGCACUUUAUAAAGAAACUUGGGUUUCCAAUAAUACAAAUUAAAUACAUUAAUCAUUAAAUAACCAAAAACAUUAAAUCCAAUUGAAUCUACAUAUUUGUAAAGUAGCAUGAAAUAAAAAUAAAGCCAAGUGAAAUUACAGUAAAAGCAUAGUAAAGCACAGAGAUGGAGACAUAUGGUAAAGCUUGAAUGAAAAAAGUGGUGUCUAAGGACACUGUAUUACACAUCAGUUAGGUAUGUAGCAGUAAGACAUUGUAUGGUGCCAAGUAUUCUAACUUGGGUUUCUCCUUUCAGAAUUAUUUUAAAGUGAAGUACUUCUCAACCUUAUUUCUUCACAGAAAAUAAGGUAUAAUUAACUGAAUAAUAAAUUGAAAGGUCAUAUGUUGUCAAUGAAAUAAUGAAGAUUGCAGUGGCAUCAUUGCUGCCUAUUGAUGGACAACUAUUGGGUGGAGCGGUGGCUCUGUGGCUAAAGAUCUGCGCCUAUUUGCCGGUUCAAAUCCUGCAGCUGGCAGAGGA